CCACGGUUGCCGGAGGAGCCAGGAGAGCCUCCGUGGGCCUGGAGGAGGUGGCUGUGAACUUGGACGGAAGCAGCAGCAGCCCCAGCCCACCACCCAAGCGACAUGGACCCCCAGAUGGUGCUGUCCCGGGGAAGUCUGCUUGUGCUUUUCCUGAGCCUGUUGCUGCCAGGAGGUCGCCCCCACCCGCUGGGCAGCCCUGGCCAGGCUGCGGAGCUCGCCGGGAUACAGGAGCUGCUGGAUCGCCUGCAGGACGAGGGGUCAGAGCCACCAGCACAGCCGACGGCCCUGGAGCCGCUCCAGCAGGACCAAGACCCCACAGAAGCCUCGGAGGCUGCGAAGGCUGCCCCCAAGGGUGUCCCUGGGCCCAGAGACAAAGUCCUCCAGGCUCUGCGGGGACUUCGCACCGCCAAGAUAAUGCGAGACUCGGGUUGCUUCGGACGGAAGUUGGACCGGAUCGGCUCCUACAGCCGCCUGGGCUGCAAUGUGCUGAGGCGGCAUUAGGAGGAAGUCCUGCUGCGGACAUCAGCUUCCGAUCCCACAGGGGGCUCUUUCCCCAGCCCCACGGCUCCCUUUGAAGUGACUGCUAUUUAUUCUACUUAUUUAUUUAUUUAUUUAGCUGUUUUCUAUAAGAUGUUUCUUACCUCUGAGCACAAAUUUCCUCAGUGAAAUAAAGUCAACAUUGUACCUCUUUUGAAA